AUGGUCGACGGGGCGGGUGCGACACACCACGACGGCCCUGUUGAUACGUGUCUGGGUCGGUGGAUGCGGUCUGCGGUGGAUGCGUGUCCGCGCAGCCGGCACCGUGUGCGGCGCAGGGCCAUUGCGGCUGUGCGUGUGGCGCUGCUCUUUGUGUUGGUGUUGUUUGCGGCGGCGGCGGUGUGGAUGCCCGCGGUGCAUGCGGUGGUGUUGCGACUGCGGGGCGGCACGGUGGACAGAGCCAUCACGGUUGGUCGCGCCGUGGACACGCUGCUGAUGGACGGCGUGUCCAUCACGAACGGCGUGGCUGUGGUGUUCGACGUGCCGGCGAUGCUUCCCGGCACACUGCGCAUCGAACUGAGGAACUGCGUGUGCGACGGCGGUGCGCAGAUCUACGUGCGGGGCUACAGCGGUGAGCCGGCGAGUGACCGGAGCCUGGAGGUGAGCGUGAGCGGGCUGUCCGGCGGCUACUGCUCGCUUGUGUUUGUGCACAACCUGCCGGCACACACGAACGUGAAGGUCCGUGACUCGACGAUUGUGACGCCUGGACCGAUGCACUACUCGCAGCUGAGCGGGCUGACGGACACGGUGGCGUCGCCGCUUGUGCUGCACGCGACGUCGCUGUUGCAGACGCAGCUGCGUGUGAGCAACACUGUGCUGAGGUCGUCGCAUGCGGGCGGGUCGGCGGUGUACGUUGGCGGCGGUGUGGACCUGCUGUCGAGCGCGGUGGUGCUUGACGGCGUGUUGCUGGAGGCGUCGGGCGGUCCGACCGCGUUCGCGAUGCAUGUGUCAUCCUCGUCGCGUCUCAGUCUGCGGAGCCACUCGGUGUUCUCCGUGACGAACGUGUCUAUCGUGAGCAGCGGCGGUGGCUUUGUGCUUGGCGAGCGCCUCGCGGUGUUUGAGUCUGUGCUGCGCUUCGUGGACGUUGAGGGGUCUGCUGCGUCGUCACUGGUGCGCUGCGACGGUGGGACGAUCGGUGCCGGCGGGUGGCUGGACAUGCACGACGUGUGGGCGGUGGGUGAGGCGUCGUCGGUGGCGUCGCUGUCGGGAGUGACGCUGAGCGGCGGUGCCGUGUCAAUUGCGCGCUGCGCUGCCACCGGCGCGACGCUUGUCUCCGGGCUGGCGAUCACGAGCGGCGUCGUGUCGGUGCAGUGCAACCGUGCCGGCGGCCGGGUGCUGCAGAGCAGCGGCGACUACCGCUUGGCCGGCCUGCCCUCCGUGAGCGUGGUGCCGUGUGACGGUUGUGCGGCAGCGCUGGCGUGCUUUGACGCACUGACGGUGUCGUUCUCCGACUGCGUGUGCAGCUGCCGUGCCGGCGGUGUGGGCGAGGCAUGCCUGCCGUUUGACGUGCCGCCUGCGAGGGCCGGCGGCGGUGGUGGCGGCGCGGAGGGCUGCGUGAGUGGCGUGGCGCUGACGGAGUCGGUGACGGUUGGCGGUGGGCGUGCGACGGUGUGCUUCGACUCGGUGGUGUUCAGCGGGCCGAUCACUGUGACGGUGGAUCUGCGCCUGAUGGACGCGUUUGCUGACGCGCUGAACGUGACGCUGCGCCACUGCGUGCUUGCGGGCGGGUCGCAGCUGCGGAUUGUCGGUCUCAGCGAGAGCACGGCGCGCCUGAUGCCCCACGCCCUCGUCAACAUGACGAAUGUGACGUCGGUGGAGGGCACGAUCGUGCUGCAUGGCGCGAUGCCGCUGCACUCGAGUGUGCUGUUGGCGAACUCAACGCUGCGCGCGACGGUUGGCGGGUCGCAGUACGUGCCGACGACCCCUGGCCAUGCGGGAUUUCGGUAUGGCUCCGCGCUUGUCCUGGACGGCGUCCGACUUCUGUCGACGCGGUUUGUCAUGACGCGGUCUACGCUGUUGUGUGGCGGGGGCUCGUGCGCUGCGAUCUUUGUGGAGCGCGGCCUUGACGUGAACCUGUCCAGUGUCUUCUACAUGGACAACUGCGCUGUCAGGUCGCAGGCGCACGUGAUGUACGCUCUUGCGUCGGAUCUGCGUGUCAGCGGUGGCUCUGUGUUCUCCAUACAGAACGGCUCGUGGAGUGCGCCGAGCACCGAAUACGGCAAAGGCGCGUGUGUGUUCAAGAAUGUUGUUGUGGACAGCGGCAGCGUGCUGCAGAUUAUGUCCAGCACCUUCCGUCUUGGCUUCGCCAUGCUCAUGGCAACCACGCUGACUGUGACUGGCGGCAGCUGGCUGGUGCACCUCAACAAUGAGUUCCGCACCGCCUACGUUGUGUACGUGGCUGCCUACUACGGCAUGGCGUUCCGCGAUCAGAGUGUGUGGUCGAUACUUGACAACAACUUCAUGUACGGCUUGUACUCGUCAACAAUUGUAAGUAUGACAAGCAACUGGUCACCACCAUCCGACACGCGCCCGAUCAUCUACGGCGUGUGCAACGAGGCAAGGGGCUCAACUGUGACGAAUUACCGAGUCGACCUCAAUAUUGGGACGCCCGUGACGGUACUGGACUGUGGCGUUUGCACCAUAGACGCCGUGUGCUUCGCUGCGAGGACGAGCAACAUCAGCGGCUGUGAGUGCGUGUGUGCUGCUGGCGGCUACGGUGACACGUGUCUGCCAGCUGCUGUUCCGGACGGUCUUGGGCCGCUUCCGCUGCCCGGUGCCACCGACACGGAGUUCCGCUGCGUUCACGGUGGCAGCAUCAGUUCUUUGGACUUUCCUGAUCCCGGUGUGCGUGGUCUGUGCUUCGUCAACGUGACCUUCACCGCCGCGAUCGUGCUGGACCUGUCGUAUUUUGACGCGCCACAGCAGACACUCAACAUCACGCUGCUGCAGUGCGUCCUCAUGGGCCUGUCGAUCAAGGUGAGUGGUGCGCGCGUGCACGUGGAAGUGACUUCUUCGAUGCUGGAUUCUGGAGCGUUGGAGUUCAGGGGUGAUUUUGGCGUGAGCUCCCAGAUACUGGUGGUGGGCAGUAAGCUUGUGUCGACGUCGGGCCAUGCCAUUUUAUUUGUGAGGUUUACUCUCAAUGCGAAUAUGACGCUGCUGCUGCUUGACAACUACAUCGAGGGGAGUAGGUACGCAGUCUAUUUCAUCAAUGCUGUUGUUAUUGAUGGUGGCGGGAUUAUUGUGAAGGGAAAUACGUUGAGGGCAACGGAGGUCGAUGACGGUGUGGAAUCAUCUGUUUGUGUUACUUCUGUUGAUGUGAAGAACGGCGGCUACUUUGACAUAGAGAACAACACGAUGAGCUCGGUCAAUGGCGUUAUUCUUUUUGGGGAUACCACUGUGAGCUCUGCGGGGCUGCUGCGAGUGGCGGACUGCGUCUUCGUUGGCGGGACGGAAAUUUUUGAUUCCGCGCUGGUGUAUGUGUCUGGCUCGGUGACCCUCGAGGGAGGUGCGCA